CUUCAGCAGUAACGCACAACAUCUCAGCUUACCCAGCAUAAUGGCUUUCAAGUUCGUCGUCUUCCUUGCAUCGUUGGCCGUUGCUAGCGCUGGAUAUCUAGAAGCUCCCGUAGCUCACUACUCACCAGCUUCGGCUGUGAGCUACAGCAGCCUAUCGCAUGCUGCUCCUCUGGCCUACGCCGCUCCGGUAGCGAAAACCAUUGCCUACUCAUCGCCAGCCAUUGGAGCUACCCACGAGAGCACCAUCCGCAGUCACGAUGCCACAAUCUCCCACCAAUCCAAGGCAAUUGACACGGCUUUCUCCAGUGUUCGUAAGUCCGACACCCGCAUUACCAACGAAGCCCCGAAACUAGCCCUGGCUUCCUAUUCCCAUGCCCCAGCUAUUGCCACCUACUCCCAUGCACCGGCUCUGGCCCAUUCCUACGCCGCUCCAGUAGCCGUCGCUAAGCAGGUGAGCUAUGCUGCUCCAGCCUAUACUACCUCCUAUGCUCAUCCUGCUCCAGCUGUGGCCACCUACUCACACGCCGCUCCAGUUGUUGCCGCCCAUGCCACCAAGACCUUGACCUACUCGCCGGCCGUCGAAGUCGCCCAUGUUUCAUACGAAGGAGCUCAUGCCCAUUAUGCUUGGUACAUGAACAAAUCACUGGUACUACUAUCCAUCGCCGGUCGUCGCACUGACGGGCACAUUCAGAGAGGUUUUGCUAACUUCGGAGCGCGAUUUAUUGCAACUCGAUGUGAUAGUUUAUUUCUUCCUCCGACCAUCGGAAUUGUAUCAUUGCUUCGGCUAACUUUAAUUCGACUAAAUCGGUUGCGCGAAAAAUCGCGAGUUUUCAGUAUAAUGGCGUUUAAGAUGGUUGUAUUGUUUGCCUCGCUGGCCUACGCCAGCGCUGGAUACGUCGAAGCCGAUCCCCAUCACACUUACUCGUCAGCUCCUGCUGUGAGCUACAGCUCGAUUACUCAUCAUGCACCAAGCGUUGCCGUGGCCAAGACUGUGUCCUAUGCCGAACCAGCAGUUCAUUAUGCCGCCCCAAUUACAAAGUCAUACGCCGUUCACGAGCCAUCGCUCCUGAAGACCGUUGUAGCUCAACCAACCUACACCAAGACUCUGGUUCAGCAGCCAACUUAUACUAAGACCCUUGUUUCGGAACCCACAUACGCUCACUCGGCUCCGGUUUAUGCUGCCAAAACCGUAGUUUAUCAAGCUCCAAUUGCCUACAGCGCCCCGGUCGUCAAGAACGUAGAAUACGCUCCAAUUGCCAAGACCUUCGUAUCUCACCCAGCAUACACCAAGGCUAUUGUUGCUGAGCCAGCAUACGCUAAGAGCUAUGUUUCGGAACCAGCAUACACUAAGGCCUACGUUUCGGAGCCAACCUAUGCUAAGGCUUAUAUUUCGGAACCUGCUUACGCCAAGUCCUACGUCUCCGAACCAACCUACACCAAAACCCUCGUUCAGCAGCCCGCCUACGCCAAAACUCUAGUCCAGCAGCCCGUCUACUCCAAGACCCUAGUUCAACAGCCAGCUAUCUACGCUCAGGCCGCUCCAGUUGUUGCCACUAAGAUGCUGAGCUAUGCACCAGCUGCCCAGGUUGCCCACGUAAGCUAUGCAGACAGCAGUGCUCACUACGGCUGGUAAGAAGCCGUUAUUGCCCAGGUGUAAACUCGAGUGAUGGUCUCUCUGAAGUAUGAACAAGUGAUAAAAGAUGUGUACCUAACC